AUGUCUCGGGUUUAUGUCGGUAACUUGGAUCCAAGAGUAUCUGAACGUGAUCUCGAAGAUGAGUUUCGCCGAUUCGGUGUUAUAAGAAGUGUGUGGGUUGCGAGGAGGCCACCAGGUUAUGCUUUUAUUGAUUUUGAUGAUAAGAGGGAUGCUCAGGAUGCUAUUCAUGAAUUGGAUGGGAAAAAUGGCUGGAGAGUUGAGCUUUCUCACAACUCCAGAGGUGGGGGAGGUGGGGGUGGUGGCGGUGGCCGUGGAGGGGGUCGUGGUCGUUCUGGUGGUUCAGACUUGAAGUGCUAUGAGUGUGGGGAGCCUGGUCAUUUUGCUCGCGAGUGCCGCUUGCGUGUUGGAGGUGGAGGGGGAGGAAGACGUCGUAGCCGUAGCCCUAGAUAUCGCAGGAGCCCAAGUUAUGGACGAAGGAGCUACAGCCCUCGAGGACGAUCCCCCAAGCGUCGCAGUCUGUCACCUCGUGGUCGCAGCUAUAGCAGGUCACCUCCAUAUCGUGGACGUGAAGAGCUUCCAUAUGCCAACGGGUGA